UGACCUGUUCUCGGCACCAUGAGCUUCGGCUCGGAGCACUACCUGUGCGCCGCCUCCUCCUACCGCAAGGUGUUCGGAGAUGGCUCGCGCCUGUCCUCGCGCCUAUCCGGGGUUGGCGGCGCGGGCAGCUUCCGCUCGCAGUCGCUGUCCCGCUGUAAUGUGGCCUCCUCGGCCGCCUGCUCCUCGGCUUCGUCUCUCGGCCUGGGUCUGGCCUACCGCCGGUCGCCGGCGUCCGACGGACUGGACCUGAGCCAGGCGGCCGCGCGCACUAACGAAUACAAGAUCAUCCGCACCAACGAAAAGGAGCAGCUGCAAGGCCUUAACGACCGCUUCGCCGUGUUUAUUGAGAAGGUGCAUCAGCUGGAGACGCAGAACCGGGCGCUCGAGGCCGAGCUGGCCGCGCUGCGGCAGCGCCACGCCGAGCCGUCGCGCGUCGGCGAGCUUUUCCAGCGCGAGCUUCGCGACCUGCGCGCGCAGCUGGAGGAGGCGAGCUCGGCGCGCGCGCAGGCCCUGCUGGAACGCGAUGGGCUAGCUGAAGAGGUGCAGCGUCUGAGGGCGCGCUGCGAGGAGGAGAGCCGCGGGCGUGAAGGUGCAGAGCGCGCCCUAAAGGCGCAGCAGCGCGACGUGGACGGAGCCACGCUGGCCCGCCUGGAUCUGGAGAAGAAGGUAGAGUCGCUGCUCGACGAGCUGGCGUUUGUCCGCCAGGUGCACGACGAGGAGGUGGCUGAGCUGCUGGCUACUCUGCAGGCGUCGUCACAGGCCGCUGUCGAAGUGGACGUGGCUGUGGCCAAACCAGACCUGAGUUCGGCGCUGAGGGAGAUCCGUGCCCAGUAUGAGUCCCUGGCCGCCAAGAAUCUGCAGUCAGCCGAGGAGUGGUACAAAUCCAAGUUUGCCAACCUGAACGAGCAGGCAGCGCGCAGCACCGAGGCUAUUCGGGCCAGCCGCGAGGAGAUCCACGAGUACCGGCGCCAGCUCCAGGCGCGCACUAUCGAGAUUGAAGGGCUGCGUGGGGCUAAUGAGUCCUUGGAGAGGCAGAUCCUAGAGCUGGAGGAGCGCCAUAGUGCGGAGGUGGCUAGCUACCAGGAUAGCAUUGGGCAGCUGGAGAAUGAUCUGAGAAACACCAAGAGUGAGAUGGCACGCCACCUUCGGGAAUACCAGGACUUGCUCAAUGUCAAAAUGGCUCUUGACAUUGAGAUAGCAGCUUACAGGAAACUGCUGGAAGGUGAAGAGACACGUUUCAGCGCCAGUGGAUUAAGCAUUUCAGGGUUGAAUCCACUUCCCAAUCCAGGUUAUCUUCUCCCACCCAGAAUUCUCAGUUCUACAACCUCCAAGGUCUCAUCCACUGGGCUCUCUCUUAAGAAGGAGAAGGAGGAAGAGGAGGAGGCUUCUAAGGCAGUCUCUAAGAAAACCUCCCAGAUAGAGGAAAGUUUUGAAGAAAUAUUGGAGGAGACAGCAGUAGCUACUAAGAAAAUCGAGAAAACAAAUAUAGAAGAAAGCAGCAUUACAAGCCAAAAAAUAUAAUUCUGUUGCAUAAAAAAAGUUCAUGCUUAGAGGGGAUAAUAUGCAUUUGACUUGUUAAACAGCCAAUUCCUAAACCAAAAUACAUGUCACUGCUGUAAAACAUUUUCAAAGCUUCAGUCUUGCAUUUAGUAUUCAACACUUUCUCUAAUAGGAAAACACCCCUUAGAUUGGAGCAAACUGCUAUCCUAGAGCAAUCACGGAAGAGUUAUCUAAGAGUUCACCUUUCUCACCUAAGGCUCAGGCUUCACAGCGAUGGCUGAUUCAGGUACAGAGGAAGUACAAAUUUAAGGUGCUAAAUCUGUGAUCAUUGUCAUUUGCUGUGAAUUGAGAUUAAAAUCUGUAUCCACUCACUGUACCCAGCUAUUACCCAGCUGUGUAAUCUCACUUUCAACACCUAAAACAUAAGAUCACUGCCAAAGAUAAACCAAUGGUCCACACCCAAGGACACUGAUAAAACUGCCCCACAAAUGAUAGAGGUUUGUUUAAUGGACGUGUUCCUUCCUGUCCCCUCUACUCCAUAUAUCCUUAAAAAAAAAAAAAAAAAAAGUGAGUGUAGUAGUUUUCCCUUUUAAAUGCAUUUAGAUUUUUCUCAAAAGAAUUUACCCCGUUAGUUCUCUUUGCUCAAUGGGUAAAGUUAGACGCAUGUUGACCCUUUCUAUGAUUCAUGUAAUGACUUCUCCCUACCCAUUUCAUAUCCUUCUAUUUCUGUAGGUUAAAAAAAUGGCAAUGGUAAGUUUCAAUGGUUGCUCCAACCAACAAUGAAGAGUCCCUAGAUUUAGGCUUUCAUAUUAUUCAAAGUCACUUAAUUAGAAAACAUUAAUGUAGCUUUUUACCUUAAUUUUAGAUGCACAGUAAUAGUCAUCCCAAACUGUGAUUAAACUGACCAUAGAUUUAGUAGUAAAAGCUAGAAGAGGUGAGUAUUUAUUUGAAUGGAAAACACCAAGGUCUCACUUAUCUGUGUCAGUUUAUUGUGGUGAUAUAAAAUUAGCUGUUUAUGCCCUCACCCUUAGAAUUCAUAUCAAAAUUCUCUCCUUGCCCUAAAGAGGCCUUGUUGCCACUCUCCUAUGCCUUCUAAGAGUGCUAAGUGUAGGAUAUUUUAAUUACAAAAACAUCGUGCUGCUGCCCAAAGUAAAAGCUACUUCUGGUCAGUCAACCACCAGCAAAUAUAAAAAAGAAAUCUUUCUCUUUUCUAAAAGAGCCUUGCCCAACAGUUUUCCCAUUACUGCACUGUUGGUGGGGGUCUCCUUCCCUGAGGGAGAGGAAGGACACGUAGACCAGAGAAGGCACACGCGUGUUCCUGCUCGCAUGCUAGGAAGCAGGUUCAGGAGAGUCAGCUGCUUCUGCCCCGCUCUGCCCCCGCCAUGUAGCAGCUGCAUCGCCUAGACUUCCACAUGUGCCAGGUUUGCAGAGGAUUUAUUCUCUGCCAGCAGCCACUUCUAGCAGAGAUGAAGAAUUGGCAUGUGUCUGUCAUCAGUCUCCACUAAGAGCACAGUGGUGAUAAGGACAUGAUGCUCUUACUGAAUGUUUUUACCUUAGCACAUGCUUCAAUAGCUCAAAGAAAUUGAAAGAUAUUUUUCUCUUUUCCUGUACCCAUCUCUGUCUUUAUUCCUUAUACUUACUGUAAAGCAUUAGUAAGAUAAUUAAAAGUCACAUGAAUCUCACCAACA